UUUGUGAAAGAGCUCCAGGAGACAAGCAGUGAAUCAUCCUGUGCACUCAGGACAGAUUGGUACACGCUGAGGAUGUGCUGAGCCGGAACUAGGAGAAAAUGGAGCAAAUCCAGUGUGUGUGGUGCACCUACCAACAAGGAGGGUUUCUUUUUUUUUGUUUUUUUUUGUUUUCAGAACUGUUAUUUUGGAGCACACCACAAAGCAGAUCCAGGUCUGUCUGGUUUGAAGCAAUCAGAAGGAGUAUGAUUGAUAGAACUGUGUAUAUGGUUAAAAAUAAACGCUGUAAUCUUUGGUCCUGAAUAACACAUCAGCUGUAAAUUUGGAUUGCUUUUUGUUUGUUUGUUUGCUUUCAGUGUGGAUCAAAUCACAUGAGUGCCUGAAGUGAUCCCUCACAGAAGUAAUUCCUCAGAAAAGAGAAUAAAAUGAGCCCUGCGUAUGGUUACUCCAUUCCAACCCCGCCUUCUCAGACCGUGAGAGGAGGAGAGGAAGGGAACUGUUGCAAGCCUGUUACCAUGGGCACGCGGCUGCAGGCUGCUCGUGUGGCUGGGAUCCUGCCGCAUCUGCACUGCACGGUGAGUCCUUCCUUGCGUUUGCUGCAUGAGGAUUGUUCUCGUUAGAUUCUUCUGAAUGCCGAACUGACCUGAGUUUGGAGGAUGAAGUCUAACCCAAAGCAUAUGGUUCCCCCAGUGAGCAGGGACAGAAUAAUCUCCCAGUUUCCUAAGUGGUACACUCCUGAGGCCUGUCUGCAGUUCAAAGACCACUUCCAUGCACAGCUCAGGACUGCCUGUCAGCAGAGCACCGGAACAGCUGGGCUGAAAAUAUCCAAAGUGGUUGUGGUAGGAGACGUCUAUGUUGGGAAAACGAGCCUCAUCCACAGGUUCUGUAAAGAUCAUUUUGAACGAGAUUACAAGGCGACCAUCGGGGUGGAUUUUGAAAUUGAACGUUUUGAAAUAGUUGGAAUACCAUAUAAUCUCCAGAUAUGGGACACAGCAGGUCAGGAAAAGUUCAAGUGCAUUGCAUCUGCUUAUUACCGAGGAGCAGAGGUUAUAAUAACUGUGUUUGAUCUAGCUAAUAUCCAGACUUUGGAUCACACCAAACAGUGGCUGGAAGAUGCUUUGAGGGAAAAUGAGCCAAAUUCCAUCUUCAUCUUUCUGGUUGGAACAAAAAAAGAUUUGGUGUCGGAUGCUGUUUGUGAAAGGACAGAGCUAGAUGCUAUCCGCUUUGCCAAUGACAUGCAGGCAGAAUACUGGUCAGUUUCAGCCAAAACAGGGGAAAAUGUCAAAGAGUUCUUUUCCCGUGUUGCUGCCUUGGCCUUUGAACAGUCCAUGAUGAGGGAGCUGCAGAAAACCACGGGGCACAUGGCUCAAAUUGGGACAGGAAACCUCAUCAGACUGGAACAGAACCUGGUGGAAAUCUCAGGAGGCAAUGCUCAAGAAAGCUCGAGUUGCUGCUGAUUUUCAACUCUUUCUGCAAAUGCCUAACCUCUCUGUAGUCCAGCAGACAACACCUGCAACAACAAAAGCUCUAAAAUCAGAAGUAAAAAAUUGUAUUUUUAGAAAUGAGGGGAAAAAAUAUUAUUCAAACUAUCUUUCUGAGGGCUCUCUUGCUGUUGAAGGCUUACUUGUGCUGGAUGGUAUUGUAUAAACUUUUUUCUGUGUAGUAGAAAUACGACCUCCUUGUCUCAGUGCAAGAAGACAUUGCCAGCACUGUGUGCUCAUCUGUCUGCCGGAAAAACUUGUAGUCAAAAGUUAUGUCACUUUAUAAUGUUGGGUUUUGAUAAUUCUCUAGAAAUCUUGAUUACUGAAGUUGCAUUCUCAUGGGAGCAGAAUUCCAUUGGCAGUUCAGAGAAAAGGGUACUGAGAGCAGCCUGUCAGAAUCUAAAGGGAGGAGUAUGGGAAAGAAGGGUACAGAUUCUUUAACAGGUCCGGGGCCACGGGGAAAUGGUUUCAAAUUAAAAGAAGGGAGAUUUAGAUUGGAUAUAAGGAAAAAGUUUUCUGCAGUGAGGGCAGUGAGGUACUGUCACAGGUUGCCCAGUGAAGUGGUGGUGCCCUGUCCCUGCAGACAUUCAAGGCUCUGAGCAACACGAUCUGGCUUAUGAUGUCGCUGUUCAUUUCAGGGACAUUGAAAGGGAACUUUAAAUGUCACCUAGUCCAAUUCAAACAGUUCUAUAAUUCUAAGCUAAAAAUAUUCUAGAUUCUCAACCAUUUAUUUCAUCAAAAAUUGUUUUCUAUGAAAAAGUGAGUCGAAAGAUAGCUUACAGCCUUUUAAUUUUUCUGUGGCUUAUGAUGUAAACUAGAGCAAUUACAAAUAAUGUAAUAGAGAUCUAGGAUCUUAUUUUUUUUUUUUUCUUUUGCAAUUGAUUCUGUCGGUGAGGACAACAAUGUAGCAUUUGGUAGAGAAGAUGAAUAUGUGGGUAUGGAAGGAGUCUGACUGUGGAAUAUUCUGACCUGCAUCUCUUUCACAAGAUGAUGAAUAUACACUCCACUUGUACCAUGUCUGAUACUGAGUGGGCACCAUAGCCACAAUAUUUGUGCUUACUGAGUUUGAAUGAGAGUAGAAAAAGACAUUUCACUCUACUGCUGUGUAUAAUGCAUGCAUAUAAAACAUGUUGCAUUUCUGUAAUGCUUUUCAGAAGCAAUUUUACAAACCCAUUAGAGCCACAUAGCCAUUGCUUCAUACUGUGCUGUGAGUGCAUGAGUACUGCUAACCUCAUAUUACUGGUAGAAGUUCUUAGAAAUAGUAUUAAAAUCUUUUGUUUGCAUGUGGAAAAUUUUCUAUGAACUGAUUUGAAACUCAGAAUUUUGUGUGUUGUUAUGAUCCAUUUAUUCUCAGUUUGUUUCCUUGUUAAAGAUGUUAUUGUAAGAGGAAAUAAUUCAUAUAGUAGUUAUUAUUCUAAAGGUGUGCUUCAAGGCUGUUUGCUACCCAUGAUGAACAGGCUCGAGCCUGGAUUUCUGACCAAAUUGUGCUUGCAUCUACAUUUUUUUGGACAUAAGCAGGUGUCUUGUUAUGCAGUUUGAGCACUCCUGAAGUGUGUCAGAAAAGAAAACUUGGACACAAUACCAGUUACUAUCAUUUGAAGGACAGUAACUGACUUGUAGGGUGGACAAGUUCAGUGUGGCUGCUGCAGCAGUCCCUCAACUAAGUAUUAUCUAUACCCAUGGUGCAUUCUUGUAGUUUCACGUGGCUGUUACUGAGCAGUUACUGGUUCUGUCUCUUUCCUAGGAGCACUGAUAAUGGUCCUGGAGGUCAAAAGGCAGGUUUUGCAGGAUGUCUUCCUGUCUAUGCUAGGUAGGUGCUAGAUUUCAGUGCAGACACAGGGUUGGUACCUACAGUGCAAAAUGAAUCAUAUAUAUAUAUAUAUAUAUAUAAAAUUCAUGAAAUAAAUAAAGAAAAUAAAUCACAGACUCUUGUUGCUUACUGUAAUUCUCAUACAAAAUCAGAGACAUUAUCUCUUCAGCAAUGCAGUUGUGUUGUUUUGAAAAUCAACUGGGACAGUUUUCCUAAUGAUUAAGUACAUUGCUUGAGGUCAUUAGUGGUUUAUAUCUUCUGUAGUUCCAAAAACUUUAUGCAAAACUGCAUUAGUCUGUUAGUCAGCAGCUAUCCUCUGGAGAUGGUCUGAUUCCAUUCAAGCUACGAUGGAUGCUUUGAGACUUUUUUUAAGCCCCUGUGAGGCUGCCCCUGUAAAGUAUAAAUAAUUGAUCAUCAAAAAUGAAUCUUAGAUCUUACAAUUGAUGGAUUGCUUAGGAAAGCACAAAGGAAACCUAACCUUGGAUGGGAAAAAAAAAAAAUCAGAUUGCAAAUUCUUAAAUGUUUUUAUCUUGUUUAUGUUGCAUCUAUGCUUGUUGAUCCAUUUUAUCAGCAAUUUAAUUUGCUUUGGAAAGCCUUCAGAUUGUGGAAAGCAGUGUCAGAACAAUUCUGUUAACUCUGAAUGCAGGCAAGCUAAAACAUAAUAUUUUUUUUACCAGGUGAAGCCUUCAUAGUGUUGAUGGCACCAGUUUCGGAACCAUUUCCUUGUGGAAUUUGCUGAUAAGAAAUCAGAGAAUGUGAAAUUCAUAAUGAGUCUGAAGCAGAGUUAAAGAGCAGGUGUAAUUAUCUCCACAAAGAUAGACCAGUGUUAUGCUAGUUCUUGCCUUUUAUAAAUACAGGUUAAUCAGUUAAUGAGUUUCUAUUUAAAUAAGUAUGUAUAUCUCUGAGGAAAAACAACUGGUAACAAAUCAAGAGCCAUUCAAGAAAGGCAGGUAAAUCUCAUUUUUACUGUAAAAACCUUUUGUUUUCAUCCUUAGUGAUAUUAUUUCUCCCUUUGAGUGAUGAAGUGACCCUUAGGAUGUUUUCUUUCAUACUCUUGUAGGUCAUAUGAUUCAUAUAAUUCCUGUUGCUCUCCAAGUCAGACUCACCUCACUGCCAUUCUCUGAGUCCUAAGAAAGAGGACUGCUAUCAUAGUAUAAUGUAUGCUGGACAGGACUUCAGGAGAUUAUUGGUCAUGUCAAACUACCACAAAAGUGAGUGCUACCUUACGCUACAAAGAUAGUUUCUUAAUUUCAGCCACAUAUUUAUCAGAAAUCAGGGUUUGUUUCUCCUUAAAAAGCUCCGCUUAUGUGCUUCGGUUUUUUUUUUUUUCCUUACAAAGACUCCUGAUUCUUCCGUGCUGGGAGACACAGACACAGACAGACAGAAAAACAAAUCCCCAAAACCAACCCAAACUUCGUAACUGAGAAGCUCCAGCGCUCUAAAUGCCAAGCGCAUCAGCUGUUCUUUCCCACAAGAGGGAGCUCCGUGGUCAGGUCGGUGCUCGCUCUGCUUCUGCGGGCGAGGCAGCAGAGGGUGCGUGCUGGAUACGCCCGUUGUUCAGCUCCCUCAGCACAGCACUCACUGCUACAAAUCACAGAUGUGUGUCUGCCGCUAUGGCCUUAAUGAAAUUUUGUAACCUCUUAAAAUGAAUGCAUAAAGGAACAGCAUCGAUUCAGAGCCCACUUGAGCGAUCACCAGAAUUUCUGACCUUGCACCUCAAGAAAUACAGAGGGUGCAGUUGCUUAAUAGUAUUUGCCACAAGUGAAUUGUGCGUACAGAAAGGCCUCCUGUGAUCCAUUGGAAAUCUUGAUGCAUCUGGAGAUGGCACAGAUGUGAGAAAAAUGAGCCCAAAUAGAAAACACUCCCGAAAUAAAUUUAAAAAUAACAACAAAACCAAUGGUACUGAAUUAAAAGCAGUGUCCAGAUUCACGACGCAUCCCCAUGGUGUAAUAUAUGUGCCAAUAUUACAACCAUGCUAACACAAUCUUUAAAUUUAACCUUACUGGGAAUGCAUUGCAUAUCAGAAUGUCAGUGGUCAAACAGGCAUGAAGGCAAAUAAUAGCAAUGGUGAAAAGCCAGUUGUUUUCUUCCUGUGAAACACAGAUUUCUUGGAAGGCUUGUAUAGAUAUUGACUUGGUAUACAGAUUUUAUUAUGACUUUGAUUAUAAUCUGUUUUUUGUAUAGAUCAGCUGAUGCGUUAAAAGCUGAGAAAACAAGUGCAGGAAAAGAGG